AUGAUGCUGAAAUAUAACUUGACAGCACACUCUUGGUACAAAAGAGUGUACGGAUUGAAAGAAAAAUGGUGUCCUACCCUUAGUAGAGAUUUCUUUUCAGCAGGAAUCUUAUCAUCACAAAGGAGUGAAAGCACUAACCAUGCUAUAGGAUUCAAAGCAAGUAAAGCAACUACAUUGACAGAAUUCUAUACCAUAUUCAAGAAGACAACAAAUCGUUGGAGAAGCAAAGAGAAACAUGAUGAAUUUACCUGUAGCAAGUCAAUAGCAUUCACUUCAUCGCCACUAUCUAGAAUGCUAAAGCAUGAUGCUCUGGUAUUCACUUUGUCACUCUUCCAAAACUUUGAAAAGGAGUUUGGAUACUCUAUGGCAACAACCUCUCAAAUGAUAGGGACAACUGAAGAAUGCUUACUUUAUAAAGUAUCUCUAGAAGACAAGCCAUGGUCUGCACAUUAA